AUGACAUCGUCCCGGCUCCCUCUGCUCCUGUAUGGGAUCCUCCUGUGCAGCUCCUUGGCUCCUCUCCCGGUCAUCAGCAGCAGGAGGCAGACAGUACACAGUGUGGGGUCGCUGCUUUGGACCAGCGGCAGCUCCUGGGACAAGAGGGAGGCGGCGGGUAGAGACGGAGAGUACCUGGUGGGCAUAAAGAGACUGAGGAGACUGUACUGUAACGUGGGCAUCGGCUUCCACAUCCAGGUCUUACCCAGCGGGAAGAUCGCAGGAGUGCACACUGAAAACAGAUACAGCCUUCUAGAGAUUUCUCCGGUGGACAGAGGAGUGGUGACUCUGUUCGGGGUGAGGAGCGGCCUCUUCAUUGCCAUGAGUGACAAAGGGAAACUUUACGGCUCAGGUCACUACAACGAUGAAUGCAAGUUCAAGGAGCAGCUCCUAGCCAACAACUACAACGCCUACGAAUCUGCCGCCUACCCUGGCAUGUUCAUCGGACUGAGCAAGACCGGGAAAACCAAGAGAGGAAACCGAGUCAGCCCCACCAUGACCAUGACACACUUCCUCCCCAGGAUAUAA